GGAAGAGGAGGAGGGCAAGAAGAAGCAAAACAAGAUUAGCCGCGAAGAACGAGAGAAAGAGACGCUUUCCUAAGGGGUAAUAGUUCGCGACGUGACGUAAUCGCGAACAUCGUUCUUUGCAAACUCACUCUACUACUUAUGAUUUCUUCGAUCGAAAAGUGUUCAGAGACUCUUUGAGUUAUGGCGUUGGUAACGAGGAUACCGAACGAUUCAUGAAUCCAUGUACGGAGCGUUCGAGAGGAAGAGAUACGAAACUCGUUCCCGAUCGUUUUUUCGAGACGUCAAGCGUUUAUCCUUUCGAAGAGAUCGAGCGAGGAUUCGCCGAAAGAAAAUGUAACGGACGAUGCGAGGGCGAUCUCCGCGAGACAGGAUGGCGAGCUAAAAGGCUCGUCCAAAGGCUCGAUUUUCCUUUAAUCCCGGAGCUCCGAACGAAUCACGACGUUAUCAUUCCCAGAACAAGAGAAGACUGCAUUCCCUAAUCAUUGAAAAAUACAUUGAAAAUAGAGAAAGAAAAGAAAGAAAAAAUGUACGAGGAGAGGAGAGACAGGGCCGUGAAAAAAGGAUGAAAAAAAAAUCUUUGUAAAUAAAUGCUCGCGGAUCGAGGACCAUUAGUAUAUUUUAUUUAUUUUUAAGGAUUAUAUCGCGAUAUUUUUUCAAGCCUCUCUUUGUCGUUUCCUUGAAUUUUCCUCGAUAGAACAGUGCUGCGGGCCGCGCGUUAUCCGUGUCGAGGCCGUGCGUAAACGAUGACAAAUCGAACGCGUUUCUUUUCAAACGCAUGACGUUUAAGAACGAAAGUGUCGCGCGUUAUAUGAAUUAUUUUAAAAGUAAUACCGUCGAUCGUCCCGACAUUGGGUAUAACAUUGAAGGAAAUCAAUGUGCCUUUUGGUGAGACCAGUCGCGAUUCUCGUUGGAGAUAGAGAAGAAGAAAUUCGUUCUCGAAUCGAUCGCCCCUAAGAGAAAGAGUGGCCGAGCAUCGAGAGGAUUAGAAGGAGGAGCAGAAGAGGAGGAGGAGGAGGAGGAGGAGAAGGAGGAGUGUUAUUGCACGAGCGAAUCGAAGCCGAGUGCUGCGAGCUACGUGCGUGCAUCGGGUGUCCGUGUGUGCUGAAAGUGUGGUGCGCUCGCGCGCGAAGUGCAGAAAACGACGAUGGAAUAUCGGUGAGGUCACGAGGUCACCGCAGAAUGCCUGAGCCGAGGGCGAAGCGCUGUAAACACUGUGACGAGUCUGGCCACAGGUUGGACAGCGGCUCCCCAUUUUGGAGGAUACAGCUCGAUCAGGACCUUUUGGAUACCAUAAGUGCGAUUUAUCCUGAGUGGUUUAAGGAUUAUACUAACGGCCGAGCCUCUACGUCCUCGUCGACCAGUACUUCCGGCCCUCGGUCGAACAACGGUAGCAACGUGGCGGCGGACUCCAGCGGUGUCCUCGAGAACAAGGUCGCCAAGGGCGAUUCCAAAUUGAAAGCAAAGUCGAAAAGGGCUGAAAAUUUCAAGGAGAAGGAUCGAGAGAGAAAGGACGCUAGGCGCGACAACAAGGACGAAAGAGACGCUGGGAACGGUAAGAAAAGUACGACGAAGGCUUCGCCGCAGCAGGAUAAAACGACGGUGGACGUGGCAGGAAGGAAGACGGCGGGUGUUCCAAUAUCAGGAGCAGAGAUGGCCGAAGGCAAUCAGUCGCCGCCGAAGGCGGAGGUCGACGACUCGCCCCUUCAGCAUGCCAUGGAUCGCAACAAGGAGUCGUUGAAGGUGAAGCUCAUGCUGAGGCGGCCGAUAAAUCAACUGGUUGCCCAGGGCAUUAUGCCGUCCCUGAAAACUCCGCCGGCGUUUCACGAACAACGUAAGCAACUCGAGCGGGCGAAAACCGGCGAUCUGUUGAAGGCAAAGAUCCAACAGAGACCCGGUAGGGAAGAGCUCGUGAGGCAGCAUAUACUCGAAGAUGUGGGUCACGUGGAUCCGAGCCUAGCCGAGAGACAACGGAUGCUGAAGAAGGCCAGACUAGCCGACCAAUUGAACGAUCAGCUCAGUCAUAGGCCCGGUCCGCUCGAACUUAUUCAAAAGAAUAUACUACAUACGGAGGAACCCAUCGAGAGGGCGGUAAAGGAGGGACACAUUCCCUUCAAGGCGACGUGCGAGGGACAGGUUACGAAACCUCAGCAUCCGGAUCACUACAUAACGUUCGAGGAUGACUCCCAAAGUUCCGGGGAAGGUGCCCCGUCGCCGCAAUUGGAGUCGCGUUCGGACGUUCUCGAAACGGCAGCUGCCUCCGCGGGAAUCGUCACGGUCUCCCUCAGCAUCCCCACGACUGGCGGUGCGGUCGUUGUCUCCUCGACGUCACCAGUUUUCCAACAAGCGUCCGGAGCGGAACCAACGAUACAGACCUUUGCCGAGCUAUGCAACACGGUCGUUGGCUCGCAACACCAGACGCAACAGGCUCAACAACACCCAUCCGCUCAGGCGAAUCAAACGAACGGGGCAUCGGGCACGCUGCUCCCACUGGCGCCGGCGUCGAGUCCCAUGUCCUUGGGAUCGACGACCUCGAGCCUUAGUCCUCUGUCGAAUAUCUCGAUAGCCUCGCCACCGGCUCCACCGCCGGCAGCCAUCACUCCUAGACCACAACCAAGUCCGAUCGCGUCCUCGGCGUGUCAGAGAAACGAUGCGCCGGGCAAGGACAAGAACAGAAAAAAAUCCAAAACCAAGAGCCAACCUAAGACGCGUACGAUCAAGUUUCACGAGUACAAAGGUCCGCCAAAUGCACAAAAGACGUCGGUUUCGUCUACGCCCCCCGGUCUCGGCUCAGCGCCGCCCGGCGAGACGAGCUACGAGCUGCUCCUGCAGCAACAACAACUAUUCCUUCAGUGGCAGCUCGAAUGGCAGCACAAGUAUCCUCAGAUUAUAUUGCCAGCCGCGCAGAAGCCGCUGUCUCUUACAAGCAGCGGUGCCAGUGAUGCCGGAAGCGUUAGCGGGAGCAGCGCGAAUGCUCCGAGUCCCGCGCCCUCGAAUUCCUCGAAUAAUCCAUCCGAGCAACCACCGCUCAGGCCCUUGGGCAAGUUGGAAGACAUGAAAGUGAGCGAUCUCAAAGUCGAGUUAAAGCGACGCAAUCUCCCAGUCUCGGGUUCUAAGCCCCAAUUGAUCGAACGGCUAAAGCCGUUCACGGAAUCAUCCAGCGGGAAUUCGACUUCUAACUCUAACGGACCUCACGUUACGCACAUGGGCCAUAUAUUGAUGGACACGCCCGGUCCUAUGACGUCCGACGAAUCUAGUUCGCAAGCAAAGAGCCCUAGCUCGAUUGUCAAGGACGAGCCGAAUAGCCCGCGGACCGAUUCGCCUCAUGGCAGCGAACACGAGGAUCCGUCGAGCCCACCAGUUCGUGUUUCAGGAGACGAUAUCAUCAAAGAGCAAAGGAAACGGAUAGAAGAGUUGCAACGGGAGUUGUAUAAAUCCCAACAACAACUUCAACAAAUUCGACAAACUCAGCCCGCAACUGUUCGAGCCGAGAAACUGGUGUUGCAACAGCAUAUACAGAGCAAGAUGCAACAGCAACAAUUGGCUUUACAUCUGCAACAGUUGCAACACCUGCAGCAGCAACAACAGCAACAACAGCAACAACAGCAACAGCAACAACAACAACAACAACAACAACAGCAGCAGCAGCAAAAUCAUCAACAGUCUCAGCAGCAAAUGCAGCAACAACAUGCGACGUUCCAGCAUCUCAAUGCGAAAGCCAGUUUGGCUGCUUUUCUACAGACGCAACCGAACAAUGCGACUGCCAUUCUAGAUUCCGCAGCGCUCACGGCAAUUAACAAUAAGAAAAAUCAAGCUAAGAAUAGUACCACCGUUCAAAUACCUACCGCGAUAGUUUUGAAUCUAGCCAAACCGGCCAAAUUGAACGGAUCGUUGCUCGGUGCUUUAGUCGCGCAAGCCCAAGCUCAACAACAGCAACAGCAAGCGAGCAGCACGGAGGAUGGUAAACCACCACCGCCUCAAUACGACGAGGCAGCCAAAUUAUUGAAGGUCAAGAUAGAACCGGUUCAAAAGAGUCAUAUUAAGAGUCAAGUUGUCGACGAUGUAUUGGAAAUUCUCAUUAAAAACGGAGAACUUCCACCGAGCGCGGCACAGGAUCCGGCUACGCCUACCACCCCGAAUCGUCAGCUCCAACAGAAUUUGGUAUUUACCGCGCCAGCGGACAGUCCAACUCAAUCUUUAGUAUUCACGGCUGCUAGUCCUAUCAGUCCGAUCAGCCCGAUGGCCAUGGAGGUCUCACAAAGCGGUUGUCCUAGUCCGUCGGCGUCGACAUCGGCAUCGACAUCGGUAUCGGCGUCUAGUUCGACUGCGGCUUCGGCGUCGGCACCGCCACCGCCUCCACCUUUACCAUUGGCAACCUUUUCCAUUCAAUUACCUACUUCGUUGCAGCAAUUACAACAACAAGAAGAUAUAUCUUCGUUUGGAACGCACCUAUUGAAUUCGGAUAAUGAUUUGGACGCAGCUAUGCUACUGAGUCCUCAAUCGGUGCAAGAGGCCUCGCCGGAUCCACAACCACCGCAAGAGGUCACAUCAUCGGAUAACGCAAACUUGGAUCUUAAAGAACUGGGAUUGGAUCUGGAAACAUUGGGUACUAUGGACUUUGGUCAACUCGACUGCGGCCUAGGAGUUAAAAUGGAAUCUUCCAACGAACUUAUGGAUAUAGCGGACAUGCCGAUGGACAUGGACGAUCCUGACUGGUUGGAUUCCUUGAUGCCUCAGUCGCCGCCCUCAUCUACGCCCAUGUCGAUUCAACAAUCGGUUGUUCCACACGUUACAUCCUUAUCCUCGGCAACGGAUAUUUACGAUCCGCUACUGGCAAGUAGUCAGGAUCCCUUCGAUCUCUUUAACAUGGAAGAUUCGGACUUUAAGAUGUCCUCCGAACUCUCUCUAACGUGGGACAAAGUAGAUUUUGCAACCUAGCCCGAGAUUCAUUCUCGAAACUCAACUUUGUGUACUUAAACGUUAACGAACAAGAGGCAUGGACUACUAAUCUUGGCACCACGUACAUCGCGUCUGGACACGAGUGUAAUGCGAAUACACACACCCACCCACCCACCCACACACACACACACACACACACACGCACACGCACGCACACAUACACGCGCGCGAGCGCGCACACGCACGCACAUGUCGUGCAAAAAUUGUACCGAGUGGUAGGUGUCACCACGGUAUUCGUUCUGAACGAAUCGUGGCCGAACAACGAGCCUGACUUUGUCGAUACGCUCGAAUGCUUCGCGCCGAAGAACUUAUAUCUGAUCGUAACGAUAAGUGAACGAUUCUAAAGUGAAUCGAUCCUGAAUCGAAAGUCGAGAGAAGCAUAUCUUAGGUGGACGAUCGAGAAUCUUUUCUUACAGCGUGUACACUCCUCGGUCUUCGUCGUUAAAAAGAAACAAACAGAAAAAACAAAAGCAAAAAAAAAUAUGUCAACGCACAUAAUCGUUGUUCUUCCAUACGAUAUCACGAAUCCUAUCGCGAUAAAAAUAAUUAAAAAGAACCGCCUUACCGAGUUGGUUUCUCUAGCUAAUUGGACGCGGUAUUUCACGAUUUCAAAACGAUAUCGGCUCUAAAUACGAGCGGAAGCAACGAGACGAAUAUUUUCAAAAUUCUCCAAAGAGUCUUCUUACGACGUUUUUAGAUAUGUAGUUCGUACUCUAUCCAGUCUACGGUCGUGUGUUGCUUGAGUUUUAAUAAUCGCAAAUUAGCGUGUGUGCAAAAAAAUGCAGAAGACACGGGAAGUACUACCUAUACGUCCUUCUCGUUUGUACUCUUUCCCUAUCCUUCUCCCUCAAAAAACUGUAAUCAAUCGUAACAAAACUGCAUAAUUACAUUUACGAGAAUUUAAUAUAAUUAAAUGAAUAAUUGUAAAGGUAUACAUACGUUAGAUAGAUACUUAUAUAUGUAAAUUAUAAUACCUUAUAUACAUACAUAUAUAUAUAUAUAUAUAUAUAUAUAUAUGUGUAUAUAUAUAUAUAUAUAUACACGCGCGCCCCUGUCUCUGAGAGUCGAACGUGUUUCUUAAAACGCACGAAUCGGUCGACUUUUAGCGGCGCAAUUGCGAUAUUUUCUAAGCCAGAGCAUGUGAUGUUAGAAGGUACACAUACUUUAAUCUGUAAUAUUAUAUGUGGAAAGUACGAAUUGCUUUGUAGUAGCAACGGGCAUGGUCCCGUUACCGAGGUCGCGGCUUGGCGCGAUUCCUUCAGCUUCUUUCCCAAAUGAUAUUUUCUCUCGCUUUUCCUUUUUCAUUUUCUUCUUCUCUUUGAUUGUUGUUGUUUUAUGACAUUCCAUGUUUCUAAACACUCAUGACAAACUAGAAUGAGAUUUCGAACCCAAAGCUGCCGGCCUCUCGUACCAGCUCGAAUCUUGAGCUCGUUCUGGGAACUUCGGUUGGCUCACGAAAAUCAAUGGUGUUUUCGUAAAAAUCAAAAACAUCUUUGUGGAAAUAGAGUAAGCUCCGAGAAUAGGUGCAGCCAGAGGUUCAUUAGUCGCAUCAAUGAUGUUUUCUGAUUCCAAAUACAUUACCGUAUGAUCUCUGCUUGUGCUAUUAAUCACGUUUACUAUCUCAUUCAAUUUCUUAAUCCCGCUUUGCUUUCUCGCAUCGUUUCAAUUUAUCACAAUAGUUAUGGAAAUUAGAUGCAUCUUCUCAUUGUAUAAAAAUAAUAAACAUUAUUCCAAUCACGAGUCCUAAGAGUACCCUCUUUACUUGAGGAUAAAGUAAAUUGCUUGCAGUUUUUAUGAUUCUAUCAUUUCGACGAGGACGAUCAAGACCGCAUUCCAAGCUCUUAGAUUUAGAAAGUCCGACAUCUUUCUUGCUUAUCACGAUAGGAGGUACUUGAUAAGACCAUAUAGCGUACGUCAAAUAGAAAAUCAUCUUUGGCUGACAUUAUACAUAAUUUCGUCGAUAGUAACGUCGCUGUCGAUGGAGUUAUUUUCACGAUAUACAAACAAGUUAGGUCGUUUUUUUACCGAAUACGUCGAAUAACUCUCAAUUGUUUUCAAAGCUUAAAAGCGUACUGCUACUGGCCUCGCCGAGACAAGUGCAGCUUCCUGGUGACGACGUAAAGAUACAACGGGAUCGCGCCGCUCGCCUCGGUAAUGCGGAGAGGAAGAUGAGAGUGUGAGAGGAAGAGAGAGAGAGAGAGAGAAAGAGAGAGAGAGAGAGUGGAUGCUGCUAUGCAUGCGUAUGGAUUUUUGAAAAGGAAAAAAAUGUAAUACUAGAAAAACGUGUGGGUGAGUGUCGAUAGGCGUGAAUGUGUACGUUGAGAAAAGAAUGUUUGAAUCUUAUCAAAGUAUAAUAAAUUAACGGUGCUAAUAGUUAUUGAAAACCCCAAAUUUUACAUCGAUCGGAUAAUAAAUUGGAAAUCGCUGCUUUUAAUCUUUCUUCCCUUAUAUUCUCGAUACGAAAAAUUAUCUAUGUCUAUGCGCAUAUACAUAUGUACAUGUAUACAUAAAUAUACGCUGAGAAUGAGCGAGAGAAGGGAAAGAAAGAGUAAUGGUCCAUACGUGGGAAUUCGAAAGAAAAGAAAGAGCGAAUGACGAAAAGUAUUCACUAAGAAAAAUACGUCUUGGCACUAGUAAAUGUCGUUGCCACCGUGUAACGGAGAACAGCUAACAUUCCAAUGAUUCGCUCCAAUUCAGAGAUCCUCGAACCAUCGCCAUGUUCCGCGUUAUCUGCGUUGAAUAUGAAAGCAAAAGCAUUGGAUAGGAGAAAAAAGUCCAAUAGAAAAGAAAGAAAAAUAAAAGUGCAUAGAAGCUUUAUCAUUAAUUUUUUUUUCUUUUCUUUUUUUUUCGAAUCGCCGCGCGAUUUUGAGAUCGAUGAAGUGGCGAUUACGCCAUUAAACUAUAAUAUAAUCAGUGCAUUUAACUAAUAAUCGUCAAACUGAUUUCAUUUGGUUGAUACUUCUGUUCUUUCGUAGCAAAUGUUACCGACAAUAGCGUCACAUCAGGAAAUUUACAUUACAUUUUUUUGCAUUUAAAUUUACCACACGACCAAAUUCUUUUUUUCUUGCGAGGCAAACGGAACAUGGUAUUGGUGAAUAAUAUAAAUUUGAAUGUGCCAAAUUUCCCUUGCCAUCGCGUAUAUGUAUAUUUACUUAUGUGUAACGAUCAUUGCAAUCGUCAUAAUCGUCUCGUCACUAUCGUCGCGCUAUAUCAUCAUUCGUUACUUCACAAGGCCUAUCUGAACGAGCGAGAAUGAUUCUUGUCGUGUUGGGAUGGAAAAUACAGUGAAGAAGAAGCAACCGUACGAUGACUCUUGAUAAAUAAGCGGCGAGCAUUACUUUCUUUUUUUCCUUUCUCAAUGCGUCGAUCCUUAUUCUGUAUAAAUAAUUAAUUCAAUUCAAUUUCGAAUCGUUAAUCAUGAAUCUAUCCGAUGAUCGAUUGAUUUUGUCAGGCUGUGCGAAUCUGGUAGUCCGCAUUAAAGCGUACGUGAAUGUCUUCGUAUUUGUCGUACGUGUGUUGUACGUAGACAAAAGAGAGAAUAAAAGCGUGAGCGAAAAAAUAUAAAUGUAUGAACGAUUGUGUACAGAAAUUUGCUUGGAUAGAGAUAAGUAAAAUGAGGGAGUGCGCGAAUGAGAGAACGUGUUGUAUAGCGCGUGUGUGUGUGUGUGUGUGCGCAAGAGAGAGAGAGAGAGA